UUUGAAUUAUUUUUUGAUGCCGGGUUUGUACGCUAUACUAUUUGAUUAAUGAAAACUGAUGGAAAGUAGUGGCAAACAUUUGAUUGAGUAAGCUACUGGAUUGUACCAGUAAUACAUUCUUUGCAAUAUAAUCAUUGUUUGUAUUUACACAUUGGAUAAUAGAUGUUUCAAUCGCUAAAUUAAACUAAGGCUUUUAGAAUAAAUUGUGGCCUCUAAGCUUGUGUGUAGUCAAUUACUAAAUGUGUAAUAUUAGCACGACUAUUUCUUAAGUGCUCCCAGCCACUUAUGUUCUUUCUUUUUUUUGAUCAAAUGAUAUUUAUGUUCUCGAUGGAUUGAUUUGAAUGCCGCCCCGUUGCAACGCACGGGCCCUUUUUUGCUAAUAAAGCACGGAUUGAUUCUCUCGGGUUCACCGUCACAAUACGCUUCUUUCCGUGAAUUUACGCUUUCAGUUUGAAGUUAUUUUAUUCCGCUCUUUUUCGAGGUGGUACUAAAAUUCCCGUCCGCUUUUUUCUAUCCCCGUAUUGGGCUGCCGCAGCAGUACAUGUGUUCCGGCCUUGGCCCGCUCUGUUGCAAAAGGAUUCAUAUUUUAUUUUUACCUGUAUAGUGGACGGCCGAUCGGCUCCACUGUCUCGCCUCGCACCGGCGUCCAUCGCUCCCAAGCCUGAUUUGUAUCGGAGUCUAACCCACCAGUCCCUCCCUCUAUGAGCUCAGCGUGCUCCAUCACCUGAAUGGCAGUUCAGACAGGUUGGAUUAGGCACGGUGAUCCGGGCUCCCGUCCGCGAGCAUGUCCUUCUCUCCCCGAGCAGGACGGCAACCACGAUAUGCCCUGCUCGAGCACGACGGAGCUUCAAGACAGCAGGUUUAGCAGGGAUCAAUUGCAACCUUCGUUUAGCUUCUGUUAUGUGAACCAAUUUGUGAUGGCUUCUAAAAGCACAUGGCUGGUACAGAGCAAAUUUUACACCAGAGCCGUCGUCUCCGUCGACUUCGCCGCCGUCGACUUUGCCGCAAGACAAUCUGCCAUCACCUCCGCCGACUUUGCCGUAAGAUCAUCAGCCGUCGCCUGGACCUACUUUGGCGCAGGACCUGAAGGAAAGCGGCAACAAAAGCAAGAACCAAAGGCGCAGUCGCGCAAGGUCGAACCAUCCACAAAGAUCCUCUUCCUGCAGCUAUGACAACUGUGGCAAGACCUUUGUUGAUGUGGCUGCCUUGAGGAAGCAUGCUCAUGUACAUGGCGAGAGAGGCAAUAUGUUUUUUAGGAGCCUGGCUAUUUGAAGGUACCUCUAGCAAAUAUUCAUACCUUACGCCUUUACCAAUUCAUACACUAACCGGUGGUGAACUUUCGUGUUUACUAGCAUUGACAAACUUUUCAGUAAUUUCAUGGUUUAUUUUAACGGACCUUUCUCUGUUGUGCAUAGUUGAUAUUGAUAUAUCCAUCCAUCCAAUCCACGAUGAGUGUUGAGUGAUUAAUCCUGCACAACCAAUAAUUCAGUUAAUUUAAUCCUACUAGAUAUAUACUCCAUCCAAUUCACAGUGAGAAUUUUAAGAACCCAUAGGCAUCAAAGUCUUGGUCUUUUUUCCUGUCCAUGUGUAGGCACAAACAGUACUCCAGCUCGGUCGGAUUAGAUAUAAGUUUGGUCUCUGCCCGAGCUCCAACUGCUGCUUGGAUUUCCUUUUUUUCCUCUCAUGCAACCGCAGAUACCAUCUGACGCCUUUUCUUUUCGUGAUUGAAUGCUGCUAAUUGAUUUCAUCAUAUGACCAUUGUUUCUCGGUUAGGGGCCUGUUAUACAUUUUUUAGCUUGACGAUGUCGUGGUCGCCCCACCGAUCAAAUCCCCGCACACACGCAACAACUCAACUCUACAGUUUGUACGCCACCACCGCCGCUUGAGCAGCCCAGCGAACGAUUUAGGUAAUGUAUCUGUAUAGGAUAAUCCUCCAUUACCAUGCACAAAGACUUCGAUUUAAUUUUAGAUCAGUUUAGUUCAGCGUGGUGAUGCUCAGCAUAAUAAGGUGUUGUGUUGUUAUAUUGAAAUAAAUGAUUCAGCAGAGGUGAAUGGUCUCUCUGACUGAUGUUGCCAGCUGCAUCACAUACUUGCUAGCUUCCCAAAUGCAGUGUGCAAUGAGUACUUUCCACAUGUAGCAGUGAAGACACUCAUUUUCAGAGCAGCUAUACUCGCAUGUGCCCUGAAUCAUUUAAUUGCUUUAAUUCUUGAACAAAUGUAGGUUGGUUCUCUUGCUUUUUACCAUGGUAACUUUGUAAACUUCAGAAGGCAUAAAUUUGGCAGCACACUCACUCGCUCAACAAUGAGCACCGGAGUCUAAAGCUUUGCCAUUGACUGAAGAACAUCAAGGUCUUCAUUACAUGAUUAUUAGUUUCUUAAAUAUUUGUGUAACAUCAGAGUACUUUUUAGUUACAGAUUUGGCAAUACCCAGGACAUUAUUCUCCAGUUCAACUAUUGGCUUUCAAUGUGGCAGUGUGAGCCAUUGUUGCUAUCACAGGAUCAUGUGGCAACGUAUUUGGUUUUUGUUGAAAUAUGAUGGAGAUGGCUCUUUUGUAGUUA